AUCGUCUGUCAUUUCUCCGUUAAUAGAAAGUCAUUCUGGCUGUUUUCUGCGGUGCGGGAGAUCUGUUCCAGCUGGCCUGGAGAGAAAAGGGGGGAAAAAACACAUUCACAUACACACACACUGUGUUUUGCAUUUUGUGUCGGCCGAAACGCCCAGGAAGGAAGGGGAGAGGAUAGGCUCCGCCGAGGGAGACGGAAAUGAGAGGGGGGUGUCCAAAGAGGAAACCCUAUCCCUUUAAGAGCAAGUGGGACAUAGCGGUGCGAGAAAAGGAGAGGAGGGGGAGAAGAAAGAGGAAUUAAAAAAGAAAAGGAAGAAAGAGACAGGGAGGGAGGAGGGAGAGCGGGCGAUAAAAAAAGAAAGAUGACAUCCUCGCAGCUGAGCGGCCGAGGUGGAGCGAUAGGCUGCGGCCCGGCGAGAGCGCCGCUCGCCGGGGUCAGGGCUUGAAUCCAACAACGAGGCUUCGACAAACACCCGAUUGGCCUAUUGGGGGAAAUCGGAAAAAUAGAUUCAUAAAUUAAAAACAAAGCAUGACCUUCUGUGCUAUCAGAUACGCGUAUUAUAACCCAUAUUUGUUCUGGUGCGUAAAAACGCAUUUAUUUCACGUAGAAUGGUGAAUGUUUAUUGCUAAAGUGUAAUACUGUAAUAUGCGUUUUUUUUAGUUUUUUUUUUUAAAGCAGUUUGUUGUGUGAUGUUGCGUUUUAGUUAGAUGAGUGUUUAAGUAAUUAAACUUAGAAACCAAAGUCAAAGAGAAACAGGCCAUUAUUGGAGCUGGCCUGCUCCACUCCUGCCUGUGUGCCGCAGCCUGCGUUAGUCAACAGCUGCGUGCAUUUUAAUUGACAGCAUUAUGCUACCUCAAUGAGAAGAAAAAAAGCGUUUUUGCAGCCGACUUUGUUCGCGUUUUUUUUCAAGAAUAUCCAGACGCCCGUCGUUUCUGCUGCAGGACAGGCGACUGUGUGCGCCUCGAUCAUCGGUGUUCCGAUCCAAACCAUGCAAAGGCUGCUCUCCUCGAUCUCAAUCAGCAGCUGACUUUAUAAUCUCCAUCGUUGUGGCGCAAAAUGGAUGCUGCUUGGAGCAAUUUUCUCUUCCAGGUAGGCUUGAAUACUCCCACCCAAAACCAAGUGGAGGGGAGCCUCCAAUCAGAGCUCAUGCCAGUGCAUACGAGUUCUCCCCAAACCCCACCCACAGAGCACAUAGCACAGCCUCCCUCGACUGUGGACACUGCUGCUCUCAGUGAGGAACCCCUGCCUGUGAAGCCAGUGUCUCGGCCGCCCCGCGUGCCCCACAUCUGUGCCAUCUGCAACAAGCAGUUCAAGAACAACUACAACCUGCGGCGGCACCAGUCGGUCCACACUGGGGUACGCAUGAAGGACAGGGCCAGAGAGCAGGCGGAGGGGGCAAAGGAGGGAGCAGCCGGCCAGGUGGCGAUGGCGGUGGCGGCCCCGUCGGUGAUGGCGGUGGGGGCUGGAGGGAGGGUGGAGAGGCCCACAGUUCCCCUCUCCCUGCUACACCUCUCCGCACCUCCCCCUCUCGCCCCUCCCGGCGUGCUGGCGGGGGCCCAGCAGCCUCACCUGGGUAGUCAGGAUGGUGAAGGGGUAGCCAUGCCAAACGUAAUGGCGAGUGUUAACCCCCAUGCUCCGCCUCCUGCUGCUGUCGUCAUGGCCACAGGGGCGACAGUACAGCGGCCCGCAAACCCCAACCCAAACCCGGUGAGGAAGAACCACGCCUGCGAGACGUGCGGGAAGGCCUUCCGCGAUGUCUACCAUCUCAACCGCCACCGCCUAUCCCACUCAGACGAGAAGCCGUUCUCCUGUCCCAUCUGCCAGCAGCGCUUCAAGAGGAAGGACCGCAUGAGCCACCAUGUGCGAUCCCACCAGGGCGGUGUGGAGAAACCUUACGUCUGCCCCCACUGUGGCAAGGCUUUCUCAAGACCUGACCAUCUCAACAGUCAUGUCAGACAGGUGCACUCCUCGGAGCGACCCUUUAAAUGCCCGACCUGUGAGUCCAGCUUUGCUACAAAGGAUCGUUUGCGUGCGCACAUGAUUCGCCAUGAGGAAAAGGUCCCGUGUCACAUCUGUGGCAAGCUCCUGUCAGCUGCUUACAUCACAGAUCACAUGAGGGUGCACAACCAGUCGCAACACCAUGCCUGCCACCUCUGUAACCGCAGCUUCACCACACUGACGUACCUCCGUGUCCACGCCCAGAAGCACCAUGGCCAGGAGUGGAAGGACAGCCCGGGAGGUUUUGGCGGCACGGCCUCUGGUGGCAUACUCGUCUGCCACUUAUGCGGCGUCCACUGCAAGACACCUACCCAGCUCCAGGGUCACAUGGGCACCCACACCAACAGUCAGGGUGCCCCGAGCCCCGUCACUUCUAACGUGGGUGCCAGCAGCUCUGUCUCCCUUAGCAACAUGGUGACAGCGCCCACUGUCUACGUCGCCGGUAAUACGGUGGUGGACCUGCUUGUCACAGACUGCUCUAGCAUUGCAGCGCCACAGUCCCACAGUUAGCAUAAGAGAGCUCAGCAAUAAUAACCUCAGUCCCUUAACAGAGGGCAAGGUUAGAGAAGGUUGAAGGUACGUGUAGAUGCUGCUCUGGUUUCAGUUUUCAGUUAGGUUAGGAUUGGUGGU